UUCUGACCAACGGCGAUUCGUAGUGACGUAAUUUAAUGGCAAUCGUCAGAGUAACAAGAUGGCUACGGAACCAAAUAAGACUGAGAUCCUAGCCAUUUUUAAAAGGUUGAGAUCCGUCGCUACCAACAAGGUGUGUUUUGACUGCGCGGCCAAAAACCCGAGCUGGGCGAGCAUCUCUCACGGCGUGUUCCUAUGCAUCGACUGCUCGGGCAUCCACCGCUCCCUGGGGGUCCACCUCAGCUUCAUCAGGUCUACCGAGUUGGACUCCAACUGGAACUGGUUCCAGCUUAGAUGUAUGCAGGUUGGAGGCAAUGCCAACGCGACGGUGUUCUUCCGCCAGCACGGCUGCUCCACCAACGACACCAACGCCAAGUACAACAGUCGGGCCGCUCAGCUGUACCGGGAGAAGGUCCGGCAACAGGCCAACGCUGCGCUGUCCAAGUACGGCUCUGACCUGUGGAUCGAGUCUUCUCCAGGAGGGACUCCUACAGCUCCAGAGAGGAAGGAGACCGACUUCUUUGAAGAACUUACACAGACUUCUGAUGACUGGACCGUGGCGCCGCCCGCCGGCCCGGAGCAGAACGGCGCCGCUUUCGGCUCUCGGCUGUCGGAGCUGAUGGAGCCGACGGCCAAAGUUCAGGAGGACAUCCAUGUGGAGGACGGACCGAGCAUCGAAGGGCUGAGCACGUCGCCCAAAGCCUCCGUGGAUGUGAAGCCCUCCCUCAUCGGUAAGAAGAAGCCCAUGGCGGCCAAGAAAGGGCUCGGGGCGAAGAAAGGCCUCGGAGCCCAGAAGGUCAGCAGCAAGAGCUUCUCUGAGGUGGAGAGGCAGGCGCAGGUGGCGGAGAAGGUGCGAGAGGAUCGAGCCGCCGAGGCCAAGAAGCACGCCGAGGAGUCCAUCGUGGCCUCCAUGCGGCUGGCCUACAAAGAGCUGGAGAUCGACAGGAAGAUGGAGGAGAAGAAGAUCCAGACCAUGGAGGGCAAGAAGAGGGAGCAGGCAGAGAGGCUGGGCAUGGGCUUUGGCAACAGGAGCGCCGUGUCCCACUCCGUGAUGUCGGAGAUGCAGGUGAUCGAGCAGGAGAACCCGGUGGGAACCAAGUCCUCCUCUCGCUCUAAAUUGGACAUGUUCGAGGAGCCGGGCUUCACCUCCGGACCCCCCAAGUACAAGGACAACCCGUUCACGGUGGGGGACGCUUUCGGGUCCCGGUGGGACACAGAGGGAGGAACCGCCUCCUUCACCACCUCCUGGGCUCUGGAGAAAGAAGAGCCCAAAGAGGAGGUCACCAUCUCCAGCAUCCAGCCCAUCGGAGAGAGACUCCCCAGCAGGAGGAAAGCCGACGCCUCGUCUCCGGUGUCCGAGUCCAGCGAGGCCCGGCAGAAGUUCGCCAACGCGAAGGCCAUCUCCUCCGACAUGUUCUUCGGUCGGGAGAGCAGCGCUGAGUACGACGCCAAGAGCCGCCUGGAGACGAUGUCUGGAAGCACCUCCAUCAGCUCGGCCGAGCUGUUUGGGGACGGAACGGACCUCAAAGGCCGCGCCGCGGGCUACGACGGCGUGCUCCCCUCCGGACCCGACAUCGCACAGUUCAAGCAGGGAGUGAAGACGGUUGCAGGAAAGAUGGCCGUCCUGGCCAACGGCGUGAUGAAUACGAUCCAGGAUCGUUACGGCUCGUACUGAUGGAACGGACCCGACGGCAGGAAGGCCCGCGCGCCGUCCUCCUCCCCCAGAGACGCUUUCACAGGAGUGACGCAGUAUUUCUCUUGAUGUAUUUUCAUAAAGGAAACCGUCAAGAGGGGGAUUUAUUCUUUUUCAUUAUUUUGGUCUUUGUUUUCAAAAAAAAUGUGUUCAUUCUAUUGAUUCACGUUUUCAAAUGUUUUUAUUUUAUUGCCACGUUAAUAGAAAAGUGCAGUUUAUUUACAUCAUAAAACCAGCGCGGCUCUGCUUAUUUAUUACCUUGUGGAGACCAGAACCGGCUGUGAGAGCCAGGUGGGAUCCAACGGGUCCCGUGUCUCCACCUCACUUCUUCAAUCUCAACUGUGCAGUUGGACCUUUUUUUUGUCAUUUGGAAGUUUACAUUUGAAUCUGUUAAGUCAAAGAUCCGUUUUAAGAUUUAAAUGUUACUUCAGGGCUUCAGAGCCUGAGAUGAAAGAAGGACGAAACGUUGAACUAUUUAUUGGAGGCUACAAACAGGAAACGUAUUCCAUAUGUUAAUAAAGAUUUGAAACCGCC